GAUCUGCAACAGAAAAGACCUCAAACGCACUGUAACCUGGAUUUAUGCCCCUUGGAUUUCUUGAGAGGGUUCAUACAAACAUCGUUUUCACCGUAGCCACUGUAUUUAAGUCCUACCCCGGAUUUACUAAUCGCAUCUAGUGGUCUUGGAUCGUCCACCCGCCUCCUGCUUCACCGCAGCGCCCGAACAGAGGAGCUCAACAUGAUGUCAUCCUAUUAUCACUCUGGGAAGGAAACUGACAUGGCUACGAUGUCAGAGCCGCUUUGCUUAGAAAGAGACGUGUGCCGGGUGAUCGAGCUCCUGGACCGGCUGCAACGCAGCGGGGAACUACCCCCUCCCAAGCUACAGGCCCUGCAGAGAGUCCUGCAGAGCAAGUUCUGUGCCGCCAUCAGAGAGGUCUACGAGCAGCUCUACGACACCCUAGACAUAGCAGGGGGGCCGGAGGUGCGUGCGCAGGCCACUGCAAAGGCCACAGUCGCGGCCUUCGCAGCCAGCGAGGGUCACGCCCACCCCAGGGUGGUGGAGCUCCCCAAGACAGAGGAGGGCCUGGGCUUCAACAUCAUGGGGGGCAAGGAGCAGAACUCCCCCAUCUACAUCUCCAGGGUCAUCCCGGGGGGGGUGGCCGAUCGCCAGGGGGGCCUGAAGAGGGGCGACCAGCUGCUCUCGGUCAACGGAGUGAGCGUGGAGGGCGAGCACCACGAGAAGGCGGUGGAGCUGCUGAAGGCGGCCCAGGGCUCGGUGAAGCUGGUGGUGCGCUACACGCCCAAGGUGCUGGAGGAGAUGGAGGCGCGCUUCGAGAAGAUGCGCAGCGCCCGCCGACGCCAGCAGCACACCAGCUACUCAUCGUUGGAGUCCCGAGGUUAACCACGCCCUCCGUUGACCCCCCUCCCAACCCUACUCAUCUCUCCCAUGGGUGUCUAGACUUUAGCGAGGACGGAGAUAGAAAAAAUACAAACAACUACCAAAGUAGCCAACCACGACGUGUUAACUAUUUCCAUUGAGGAAGACGUGUGUAGGUGUUGUGUGCGUUAGUCCCUCCCUCCUCACCUCUUACCUAGAUCCUUUAUGGAGCUCAUUUUGUUGUUCAACUGAGAUUUUCUUCCUUCCACUUGAAUGCCUAUAUCCUAUUGGAGGGAAGGGAUUUAUUCCUAUACGUGUGUGCGUGUAUAUGUGUGUUUGUGUGUUUUGGCGUGUCUGCAAACAUUUGUGUGUGUGCCUGCGUGUGUCUCUGUGCGUGUGCACACAUGCACGUGUGUGUGUGUGUGUGUGGCUGUGUCCCAUAGGGGGUGGUGUCCUGAUGUGAUGUGAUGAUGUGAUGCAGUCGUGGGGGAUGGGUUGAAGGACAGCAGCAGCAGCAGCAGCAGCAGCUCGUUGUGACCUUAAUAUAGUUUGUUUGUGGAGCCACGACCUUUUUAGAUGAACCCACUACACACAGGGCGAACCAGGAGCUGGAUGGAGUGAUAUACACAGUAUAUAUGCUAUUUGUACUAAGUAUUAGGUAUUUGAAAUGUCUUUAUUUAUUAUUUUAUUUAUUGUUGUUAUUUAUUCAUGGAAUAAAAUAUAUGAAGAUUGAACUUUAGUGAAGGCCUUUGCUUUAUAUUAUCUAUUUUUUUUUUAAAUCAAAGUACAUUCAAUGAGCUACAUUGAGAUUUAUGUAUGAAUUAAAUAAUUGUGAACAAUUAUGCAAACGACUUUAAACCUAUGGGGAGAUAAAUAUUUAUAAUUUAAAUACAUUGAUCAACAUAAAUACACUGUUUUGUUCAACGGUGAGUAGAAUGGAUUGUUUUGUUGUUGGCUACACUGCUAUUUGUGCAGGUGUUGGACUGUGAACUAAUCGAUGUCAUGUAUUCAGGUGACACAAGUUCACCAAUUAAAAAUAGUGCAUCAGUCUAAAUGUGUAGCUCAAUAGACACUAUCACAAACAAUUGAAUCAUUAAUAAACCAUUCUUUAUUGGGUUUGUCAACACUGAAGGAACGGUUUGAUAAGUAUUCUCGAAGAGACGUUCGCUUUGGAGCAGUGUUUCAGCACCACGGAUAGCACAGUUGUGUAAAAUAGAGAAGCGGCCACUAGAUGGACAUUGGGAAAACGACGAGAUUAUUAUCGGAGUCCGCUUUGGACAGA